UCUGAGUAAAGAGAGCUUCUGAUUGCAAUGGCCUUUACCCAAUUCAUCGUCCUUGCCAUUGUAGCAAUUCUUUUCCCUUCAAUUAUGGGCAUGGACUUCAUGGUUGGUGAUGACAAGGGUUGGACCACCAACUUUGAUUACCAAGCUUGGGCUAAAGGAAAGGAGUUCCAUGUCGGUGACAAUCUUGUUUUUAAGUACCCAGUGGAAGCACACAGUGUUAUUAAAGUUAAUGGCACUAGCUUCCAACAAUGUGCGAUAUCGGCUGGCAAUGGGACCCUAACUAGCAGAAACGAUGUGAUUACCCUAGCAACCUCAGGAAAUAAAUGGUACAUUUGUGGUGUUGCCAAGCAUUGUGAGGUUGGAAACCAAAAGCUUUUCAUAAUGGUGUCUGAAGACAAUUCAUCAGCUGUAAGGGGAAGCAUUGAACCUUUGUAUUAUGGGUGGAUGAUGGCUAUUUUUGGCAUCCUUAUGAUGGUGAUGGUUUAG